AUGAAGUUUGUUUGCGAUCAGGCUUUGAAGGAGCAGCAAUGCGAGCGAGAGCCUCCUGUUGACGUUGACGUUGUCUAUGACGACAUCAAACUUGAUGAGCGCGACUUGGCAAUUCUCCAGAAGCCCAAGAAACCACCAUCUCAUGGCAAAGGCAAGGAUUUGGAGACCUUCCGCUUUAUGCUAAGCGCACCACCUCCAUCUUCUUGUCAACAAAAGCCUACGGGGCCAAGAAAAUCUGAUGCUCAUCAUCGACGGCAAGACUGGGACGAUGAAGACAAGUUGGAGAAUAGCAAGCGAAAGCUUCACCAAGGCUACCAAGAGUUCCAAAACAGGAGAAAGAAAAUUCAACUUCUAGAGGUCAAGAACUUGCCUUUGCCAUCUAAGCCUCAGCGAGGCCGGGUUUUGAGCAAGACCAGUUCGAGGAAGUGCCCAGAGCCUUCUGAUUUUUUGGAGAGCCAACAAAACCCUAAGGGGCCCACAAAAUCUACUCAUCAUCUUCAUCAUCGGCGAGAUUGGGAUGAUGAAGAGAAGUUGGAGAACAGUAAGAAAAAGCUUCACCAAAGCUAUCAAGAGUUGCAAAACAAGAGAAAGAAAAUUCAAAUUCUGGACAUUAAGAACUUGCCUAUGCCGCCAAAGCCGCAACGAGGUCGGGUUUUGAACAAGAACUAG